CAAGGGAUGGGAUUUUUUUUAAUAAAAAUAUCAAAAUAAGCCUAACGUGGCAGCCUCCCAUUGGUUGUCACCUGAUAAGAAGUGUGCGUUCCCAAAGCAUUUCCAGCUCCAGUUAUAUUGCACCCUCUUCCAAACCAAAACCCACACUCCAAAAAAUAAUAAGAAUAAAAGAUAACAGAAAGAAGAAAGAAAUGGCAUCAUCAAUAUCCGGCAUGAGCCUCUCCGCCCCUCCCAGGGUCUUGGCCAGGGCACCAGACGCUCCGAAGGUCCGGCCCGUCUGGUCCCCGCAGCUGAACCGCCCGUGGAAGAUGUCUAAGGGGUUCGGGUCGGGCGCGUUGCGACUCCGCCCUGCGGCCGCCGCGCCGGAUAAAAUAUCGGAGAAGGUGGAGAAGAGCAUAAAGAACGCGGAGGAGACGUGCUCGGACGAUCCAGCGAGCGGAGAGUGCGUGGCGGCGUGGGACGAGGUGGAGGAGCUAAGCGCCGCCGCGAGCCAUGCCCGGGACCGGAAGAAGGAGUUCGACCCGUUGGAGGAGUACUGCAAGGACAACCCGGAGACGAAGGAGUGCCGGACCUACGAGGACUGAUUACGGGCGUAGGUUUAGCUUCUUAAUUGAAUUUCUUAUGUUUUAUUUAUGCUUUGUUUAUGUGAGAUUAGACCUGUCAUAUGAUGAAAGCUAGUCAUGCUUUAUAUAUAUAUAUAUAUAUAUAUAUAUAUAUAUAUAUAUAUAUAUAUAUAUAUAUUACCGUAAGGUUAAUUUGGUCAUUACACA